UACUUACUACAUACUACUUAAUUCUUACCACAUACUUUAUUCACUUGGCUAAAUUAUUUUAUAACAUAAAGUUGAAAUGAAAGGAAUUAUUAUUUUUUCCUGAAAGUACCAGAUAUGAAUACGUGUCAGAAACAAAUACCCCCCAAUCAAUUUUUUAACAAGAUAGAGAAAGAAAAUUGACUAACGAUUUACUAAUAGGGUGAUAAUCCCAAAGUAGAUUUGAAAUCCGUCAAAAUUCAGUAGCAUUUACAUGGGCUUUAAAAAUUGACUAGAUAAUUUUAAUGGCUUUCAGAUUUCUUUUCCACAUUCUAAAAUAACAAAUAUUGAAUAUCGCCCAGAGCAGUUGGGAAGACGGAAUUAUGAGUCAACAACAUUGACCCGGCCAUAGAGUUUAUUUGCAUAUUGAUGAUUUCCAUUGUAAAUGCAAGACAUGCAGGAUGAACUAAGUGUUCAAGUGACUUUUGAGUAUUCAUUUAAGACGACAGAAAUUUUAAAAAACCCUCAAUUUCUCAUAUUCGGAUAGGAUAGUAAUUUCCCGGAUGAAAUAUCCCUUAGAUCUAAAAGAAAAAAUAGCCAGUGCUGUAAGAAAAAAAUCUAAGACGUCUUCGGAACUCCCAGAAUACAAGGUUACAAGGAAACGGUCAAAGCAAAAGUGCACAAGGAUUUGGUUAUAAGACACUAUAUAUGAGAUCCUCUAUAUAUCAGGUACAUAUUUGGGUUGUGGUCAGCGUGUGGUAGAUAGUCACUAUUCCUAUAUCUCUGAGAAAAAUAAAUUCAUAAAUAAAGGCACGAGGUGGCGCUGCAGUCCAAGAAAGCAGAAACAGAAUUGCACAUCAGAUCGACUCCAUUACUCAGACAAACAGGACUGGAGAAGCGAUCAGGAUCUGAUAGAGCCACUAGUUCAGAUACUGGAAACGAACCGGAAAGAUUUCGAGAACCGGAUGAAAACAGAGGAGUUCACCAAUAUUUCAAAAGGAGGGUGGAAAUUGCCAGUCGAAACAAUGGAGAGAUCGGGGAAGAAUCCCCUGCGAAUAAGGCAAGUGGCGCCGGUUCUUAUUUUCCUCUUUCUGUCUGGGGUGGUGUCAGGACCGGUCCGCUAUUCGGUAGAGGAGGAAAUGGAGAGCGGCUCUUUUGUAGCUGAUAUUGUAAAGGACCUGGGGCUGGAUAUCGGGGAUUUGUCCGUCCGCGAGGCUCGGGUCGUAUUUAAUGGAAACAAGCAACAUUUUUACCUCAACCGUCAGACCGGACAUUUGACCUUAAGGGAGAAAUUGGACCGGGAGGAGCUGUGUGGCCAGAGCGAGUCCUGCGUGCUUCAUUUCCAAAUUUUAUUGGAAAAUCCUUUACAGUUUUUUCAGGCUGAGUUGAGGGUGAGCGAUAUUAACGACCAUUCCCCGGCGUUUCUGGACAAGAAAAUGCUUCUUAAAAUCCCCGAGAGUAGCCCUCCGGGGACAGUAUUUUCUCUAGAAAGUGCACAGGACUUGGAUGUGGGAAGAAACAGCCUCCAGAACUAUACCAUCAUUCCCGAUACGUAUUUCCGUAUUCAAAUUCGUGUGGGUAUGGAUGGAAAUAAAUUCCCUGAGCUAGUGUUGAACAGGGCGCUGGAUCGGGAGGAGCAGGCUGAGAUCAGCUUAAUCAUCACGGCCAUGGAUGGAGGGUCUCCUCCGAGGUCAGGAACCGCUCAAAUUCGCAUUGUUGUGUUGGAUAUAAAUGACAACGCUCCCGUCUUCACCCAACCCCUGUAUGAGACUCGGAUUCCCGAAAACAGUCCUAUGGGCUCUUUGCUUCUCACUGUCUCUGCUAAGGAUUUAGACACAGGGAAUUAUGGUGAAAUAACGUAUUCCAUAUUCCAAGUAUCAGAGGAAAUUCGAAAAACCUUUCUAAUAGAUCCAAGAACUGGGGAAAUUCGUUUAAGUGGACAACUUGAUUUCGAAGAACACAAAUCUUAUCCAGUAAAUGUUCAAGCCACAGAUGGCGGGGGUCUUUCUGGGAAAUCCACCGUCCUGGUACAGGUCACUGAUGUGAAUGACAAUCCCCCCGAAAUCACCAUGUCUUCAGUAAUCGGAUCCAUACCCGAGAACACACUCGAGACUGUGGUUGCUGUUUUCAGUAUUGCAGACCGCGAUUCUGGGGACAACGGUAGAAUGGUUUGUACCAUCCAGCACGAUCUGCCUUUCAUCCUCAAACAGACGAUCGAGAACGUCUAUACCCUGGUAACGGACCAAGCAUUAGAUAGAGAGAGCCAGUCCGAAUACAAUGUCACCAUCACUAUCAUGGAUUUGGGUUCUCCGAACCUCAAAGUGGAGAAGAACAUCACAGUGCUGAUAUCCGAUGUCAAUGACAACCCGCCGGUGUUCAAUCAAACAUCCUACACACUGUAUGUCCGGGAAAACAACAGCCCUGCCUUGCACAUCGGCAGUGUCCAUGCCGUGGACAGAGACUCGGGAGAGAACGCCAGGGUAUCCUACUCCCUGCUGUCUCCCGAGGAUGGCGACCUCCCCCUGGCCUCCUACAUCUCCAUCAACUCGGACAACGGCAAUCUCUAUGCUCUGAGGUCCAUGGAUUAUGAAGCCAUUCAAGAGUUCCAGUUUGAAGUAAGGGCGGUUGAUGGCGGCUCUCCAGUGCUGAACAGCCAGACGAUGGUCCGGGUGGUGGUCCUGGAUGACAAUGAUAACAGUCCCUUCGUCCUGUACCCUCUGCAGAACGGCACCUCCCCCUGCAAUGACCUGGUCCCCAGAUGGGCGGAGGCCGGCUACCUAGUGACCAAGGUGGUGGCAGUGGACGCAGACUCGGCUCAGAACUCUUGGCUUUCCUUCCAACUGCUCAAGGCCACGGACCCUGGGCUCUUCAGCGUGUGGCCCCACAAUGGGGAAGUCCGAACCACGAGGCUCAUCACCGACAGAGACCCCAUCAAGCAGAGACUCGUUGUCCUGGUGAAGGACCACGGGGAGCCCCCUCUGUCCACUGCAGCCACUCUACAAGUGCUUUUAGUGGAUGGCUUUUCGGACUCCUACGUGCGGCUUUCAGAAGUGCCGAGGGAUGAAGAGCAGGAGGACCCCCUCACGGUGUACCUGGUCAUUGCUCUGGCCUCCAUCUCAUUCCUCUUCCUUUUCUCAGUGAUUGUCCUCAUCGUAGUGAAGCUAUGGAGCAGGAAAGAUGCCGUGGACACAGCCAGCCUUGGUCCCGAUGGCUAUUUCCCUGGACAUUUGGUGGAUGUGAAUGGCACUGGGACCCUGUCCCAAAGUUACCGUUAUGAAGUUUGUUUAACCACCGGGUCAGGGAACAGCGAGUUCCAAUUCCUCAAACCAGUCAUCCCCAGCCGCCCGGCCCAGGAUGCUGAAAAUUAUCCAGAAGAAAUCCCUCCACUUCGCAAUAGUUUUGACUUUCAUUAGAAACAGUUUUAGGAUGAGCGUUUUCCGAAAUAACUGCUAGGAUGUUAAGCAGUCCAUCGUCCCUUCCCCUUCCCCCGAUCCCCCCAGCAUGAGUAUUCCCUAAAGGUUUUACUGUAUUUAACCUUUUUUUAUGUGCUAGAUGUUUUUACAGUUAUAAAUUUCGCGAGUUUCCUCCGCUACCAAAAUAUUUUCUUUCUAAUAAUGUCACUACUUAAAAUGAGGAGACGAAAUUUUUGUUUUCGCUCUCAACCUUCAGAAACUGGCUCAUUUACUUCUCGCAGAUAUCAGAUUUCUGGAUUUUUAGAUAGGCUACAGAGAGAGGAAACCACCUUGCCUUUACCUCACACAAAUAAUAUGGCUGCUUAUAGAACCCGGACCUAGACGUCAGAAAUCGUAUUCCCUUAUGGCAAGAUUAGAAGCCGAUCCUGAGCAUGUUCUGUUGUAAGGGAUCAAAAUAAUUCUUACGAAUACAGCAAAAAUUCGGGAAAGAACCAGAAGAAUAUCGGGUGAGACCUAGUAAUUGAAAAAAAUAAUUUAAUAAGGAGUUUGCUGAGAAAAAUAAAUUAUCAAUACGGACGCGUGGUGGCGCUGUAGGAUAAGCAGGUGUGACUAGCAACUGCAGAAGUCGCGGAUUCCAUUACUCAGUGAGACAGGAGCCAUAAUUCAGG